GAAUUCCCACGCAUUGUCGUUUAACCCUCAGUCAAGAUCAAAACACCCUUCUGGCACAACUUCAUACCAUACCAUAGCAUUUAGCUGCAUGUUUGCUAAGAAGAUGCUAGGUUAACGUUAGUCUGUACAGGAGUCCUCUCUGUUGGUGGACUCCAGUCAACGUUGGCUGCUAUCAGAUUGCUAACGUUAGCAACUACUAAUUCACGCAAACUAAUUGUUCCUUCAUGUCUUAAGAUGAACUAACCGUAGCUUUCGAUAUGGGUUAAGAAUAAGAAAUAAUUAACGUUAGCUUAUCAUGUCAAUUAAUGUCGUUAACGCACCAUGUUUAACGUUAACGUCAUCUAGCAAACUGGUUACCAUUGGACGUGGUAUGGAUGUUACUCAUCGGUUAUUAUCCGUGACAUGUCCUCUCAUGAUAUCUAGGAAGCACUGUAUUUUCAAACAAACCACCAGUGGUCAAUGGACAGUAACUGACAAUAUGAGUGUAAAUGGUGUGUGGGUGAAUAAGGAGCGAAUACCUGCUGGAGUAGCUCAUGUUGUGGAGGAGGGCAACACCAUUUGGAUUGGGGUGCCCUUGAGUGACUCCCCAGUAGAAUAUGAAUACACGCUGGUUCGCCGGAGCCUGCAGGAGGUGGAAGGCUGCCUGGCCAAGCCACUCUGCCCCGGCAUGUACUCUUACAAGGUCAUCAAGCACAAAAUUGCCAAACGGAAACGUCCCGUGGACGAAUCCGAGGUGUGCGCCUCGCCCAGCUCCAAAUCGAAGCUGCAACGCAGCUGCGCUUCCAACCAGUCCCCUGCCCAGCGCUCCCCUCUACAGCCCCUGCUGCACCCAGAGAGGACUCCCUGCCCCGCUGGGGCUUCCCAGGAGGCUGGGCCCAGCGAGGUGGCCUCCGUCCCGGGCAAGACUCUUGCAGGGGGUGGCCCAAGCAGCCCCCUGGUCCCGGAGGUGGGCAGCCAGGAGCUGGAGAGCAGCGUGCGGCACUACAGCCAUAUGCAGGCGCUGAAGGAGCAGGUGGAGGACACGCAGAAGCAGGUGCACGCCCUGGAGGGCCAGCUGCAGCAGGACUCCCAGAGGGAGAAGGAGGUGAGCGGGCUGCGCGCCCAGCUGGAGGUGCUCAGGGGCCAGCUGCGCUGCCAGCAGGAGCAGGCCCUCAGCCGCAUGAAGAGCCUGGAGAAGACCUAUUGCGACGAGGAGAGGAGACUGGAGUUGGAAAAAGCCCAGCAGCAGGAGGACGGAUUGCGGAAGCAACUGGAACAAGCUUUACAAGAGCACCGAAGAGUCAUUGAAGAACUGAAAAACUCUUGCCAAGGUUUCGAGGAGAUUCUACAGGCCAAAGACAAAGAGCUAGAGGAAGAGAAAGAGAAAGCCAAGGCUCAGAAGGAGGAGGUGGUGACCCAGAUGACUGAAGUGCUGGAGAGCGAACUGCAAUGCAUCAUCUGUUCUGAGCUCUUCAUCAAGGCCGUGACUCUGAACUGCGCCCACAGCUUCUGUCUGCACUGCAUCCGUUCGUGGCGGCAGCGCAAGGACGAGUGUCCCAUCUGUCGGCAGGCCAUCAGCUCCGAGGCACGCUCUCUGGUGCUGGACAACUGCAUCGACCGCAUGGUGGAACAGCUGAGUGCCGACAUGAAACAGCGCCGCCUUGAACUCAUCGCCCAGAGGAAAGCCCGCACUCCAGCAACUCCUCCCCGGCGGUCGAAGAACCGCCACAGCAGCCCCCACCACGGCAGCCAGCGCCUCAGCAGCGACGACCCCGACAGCGGCGACGAUAGCAGCAUCAGCAGCGUCAACAGCAGCAUCGGCUUCCCGUUCUUCGGCGCAGAGGACAGCUGGGACAGCAGCCUGUCCUCCUCCUCCUCCUCCUCCUCAUCGGGCAGGAGCAGCAGAGACAGCACCUCCUCCCCCAUCUUCUCCUCAGAUGAGGAGGAGGACGAGGACCGGGAUUUGUUUUAACACUUCAUUUCCACCACGGUGGGGUUCUUCUGGCACGACUUUACCUCAUGAUUUUUUGUUUGUAUGUUUGUUUGGCUGUUUGUUUGUUUGGUUGUUUGUUUGUUUGGUAUGUUUUUCUGUUUUAUUUUUGCUUUUUUUUUGUCUCCAGAGUUUUUCUCUGAGAGGACGAAUGUUAGCUGAAGCAGAAGGUAAGCCUCAAUGAGGAAGAACACAUGCAUUCAAAACUCAUGCAUUCACACACAAGUUGAGUAUGUAUGCAUUCACACACAAGUUGAGUAUGUAUGCAUUCACACACAAGUUGAGUAUGUAUGCAUUCACACACAAGUUGAGUAUGUAUGCAUUCACACACAAGUUGAGUAUGUAUGCAUUCACACACAAGUUGAGUAUGUGUUGAGUAUGUAUGCAUUCACACACAAGUUGCUUUGAGACCUGUUUGUUUUUGUUUUGUUUUUUUUAUUUUUUUUUAUGUUGAUUAUUUUCUUAUUACAGUGUUAGAUUGUCAUAAAGAUUUUAUUUUGGGUGUAUGUGUUCAUAUCACGUUGAAUAUUGUGAUAGCCGAAUAAAGCUACUUAUUUAUGCCGCUAA